AUGGCGCUUGAAUUCGCAGUGCUGGACGUCUUUACGUCAAAGCCAUUCCGAGGUAAUCCUUUGGCUAUAGUCAGAGUGCCCUCAGAGGUCGGACUCUCCCAGGCGCAGAAGCAAGCCAUCGCCAAAGAAUUCAAUCUCUCCGAGACCGUCUUUCUUCAUCAGCAAACAGAGACGGACGUACAGAACAGAGAGGCGCGCAUCGACAUCUUCACGCCUAUCGCCGAACUUCCGUUUGCAGGACACCCAACUGUCGGGACAUCCAACUAUAUCUUGCACCAUGUAAAGCUUGAGACUGCACGCACACUCGUCGCCAAAGCCGGCCGUCUUCCUUUCCAGGCUCAAGGCGACGGAGUGCUUUUGUCGGUUCCUCACAAUGUGCACAUACACGCGCAACCCUUUUCAGAUCGGGAUUUCGGACACUACCCGGUCGUAAGCAUCGUCAAAGGGAUGAACUUCAUCCUGGCACAGCUCCCCGACCUGGAAGCUCUCGCCAAGCCCACCGAGAAUUUGCUUGGCACCGCAAACACGUACACGGCCAAAGAGCGGCUGGACGAGGGCUGGCGCGAUGGGAUAGUCAACACGUACUAUUUUGUAGAUCUCGGGACCCAGGAAGACGGGACUAGGAACCUGAGAACUCGUGGGCUAGGAUCUCGCGAGGACCCGGCUACCGGUAGCGCUGCGUCUGCCCUGUCGUCGUAUCUGACACUAAGCGAGGGAAAGGGGGGACCGCUCACGCGGAGUUACCACAUCACCCAAGGUGUGGAAAUGGGCAGGAGGGGUGACAUACAUGUGAAGGUGGUUCUUGAGGAGAACCGUCGGGAGAUCAAGGAGGUUUUCCUUGGCGGGGAAGCCGUGCCUACCUCCGAAGGGAAGAUUCAAAUCCCUUCGCUAUAG